AUGGCGACUCUGCUCCAAAUCAACAACCUUCGCACCCUCCGGUCUUGCAAACUCUGUGUGAUUUGUGCUAAAUCGGAUGAGGCUGAAGUUGUCAAAGACCGAUGGGCAAUACGAACCAGGAUCGCUGGUGCGGAUGUUGCGGAACUGCCCAAGGCCUUCGCGAGCCACGAUUUCUAUACCAGCACUUUUGAGCUCGAUGAAGCCAACGAAAAGAACGAUCGCAAAUUGUCGUACUACCUCACCUACACGUCGCGUCAAGGCAUCCAAUCUUUCGCGGCUGAGGCAGCCUCCUUGUUCACCGUUUUGAAGCCGACCUACGCCGUUAUGGUCGGCUGCUGUGCAGCUCUGAAGGGCAGGGACUAUCAGCUUGAAGAUGUUGUCUUCGGAGAGAAAGCGAUCAACUACGAGGAGGGAAAGUGGAGUCUCGAUCCUGAGACGAAGAAGCCUGUGUUUGCCGCCGAUGUCAAGACAGUCGACGCUCAAAGCUCGUCGAUGGGCGGGUUCCUCCAGAAAUACCAUCAUCGGACGGAGUGGAAGCAUGGAGACUAUAUCUCAGGGUGUUCUGUACGUCUUGACGCUGAUGCGGUCUUCAAGAGUGUGCGAAGCUAUCUGCGGAAUGCUGGCGCACUCGAGAUGGAGGCUAGUGCGUUUCUGCAAGUUUGUCAGGUCACCGGGGUACAUGCCUUUGGCGUCAUCAAAGGUGUAUCGGACCUGGGUGACGAGCACAAGGGCGUCGGCCACAACAACCAUUAUCGCCCAUCAUUGAAGAAUGCUGCCGACGCUACGAAGUCUUUCGUGGAGUAUAAACUGGCGAGGCUGCCGCCCGGUGAUGCAAACAUUGACGGAGAGCCCGGGGCGGUCGUGGUUGAUGGGUAUCACACCAACUUCAUCUCAGUCCUGGUAGGAAAGCUUUUACGACUCAAGAAGACCGUGGAGGUCAAUGAUAACGCUGUUAAGAUCGUUGGCAUCCGGGUCGUCCUUCCCAGAGAUUAUGAUGCGAUCCAAUACGACUAUUCUGCGGUCGAGAAGAUCCAACAGAACUUCGAGCUGACAGAAGUCAGCCUUGCAGGUGGCGCUCGCACAACACCUGCAUGGGUCAAGGGGCAGUACAUCUUUGACUUUCCUACCACGAUAGGCAGCAGUCUCAGAAACCACCCCAAUCAGCCUGAACAAAUCAAAUUCUUCAAGACGAAGCUGGCCACACUCUUGCGAAAGGGCAACGACGACGCCUUCGUGAAGAUUCUAGAAUGGCCAGAGUUUGAAGCGUUGUCGUCUCAGAUCGAUGCACAAACUCCCGUACACAGCAUCGUGUUGAAGGACAGCGCCACUGUCAAAAGUCCAGGGGCUGAGGCGCCGACGACCAACAACGUGGUAAAAGAAGCAGGAUCUGAGGCGCCGGACGCCAGCCAAGACUGGGUGAAGCUGGAAGGCUAA